AUGGCCUACACAUCGCAUCGGGACCAAACAUAUGGGAUGUCGGUGCUCCCACUGUGCUGCAACUUCGCCUGGGAAAUCACCUACGCGGUAAUCUACCCGCCACACAACCCGAUCGAGCGAUUCAAUGUCACAUUGUAUUUGGUGUUGAAUGUGUUUAUCAUGGUCGGGGCUGUGCGAUACGCGCCGCGCGAGUGGGCCCAUGCGCCUCUCGUGCAGCGCAACCUCUUUCGCAUCUUCGCCGGCGCGACGCUUAUCUUUCUGCUAGCGCAUGUUGCCUUGGCCGAGACGACUUUUUGGUCGCGGGAGCCUGGUGUCAGUUGUUGGGAAGGGGGGAGUUCCCGCGGGGCAACUUAUGGCAUUUGGUAUGUUUUCCGACGGGAGGAUGCGCAUGAGUUCAAAGGAUCAACUAAUAAUGUACUACGCAGGGCCUCCCGCUUUAUUGGUUCGUAUGUCUCGGCUAUCUCGGUCGAGUUGCGGCGAAUGCACUGGCCAGAGGCGUUUGGGUGGCUGGAGUCGCCGAUGGUGAAGUGGCACAUGGUGGUUUGUGUUUUAUUAGAUGUGGGAUAUGUUUUGAUGUUGCGAAAUGUCAAGAAAAAGGAGAGGGAGCAAGAGCAGAUGGCUCAGAAAGAGAAAUAG